AUGCUAGUUUUCAGAAGGAACUUUUCCAGAUUUAUAAAUAAUAAUACACCCAAGAGGGGCGUGCGAAAGGUUUUGCAUAAAAACGUAACACAGUAUAAGUAUACGCCAAAUAGCAACAUUGUAAAUCAACAAAAUGAUAAUAACAAACUUGUUAGAGGAGGUGGGGGGCUAUUGAGCACCUUCUAUGAAAGCUUCAUAUAUGGUUGUGGGUUUUUCUUAAGCAACCGAUUGUUAGAUCAAAUUUUCGGCCCGCGCUCGUACGACUCCUUUGGCAGCAAUAUGGAUUACUCAAAUGAAAAUGUGGGUGGUCAGGCCACGGACAAUUAUAACAGUUACCCCAGUGAGAACCUUAACAACAAUGAUCCGUCCAUCAAUGACAACGAUUUUCAGCAGGACAUAGGUCUUGACGAUGACACGUUUGACUUUUAA